CUUCUUCUCCUGUUUCCUGUGUGCAGUGUAAACUUCCGGGUCGUCGCUCCCUCAGUAGCGCACUGCUGGUUCUGCUGUUUUCGGAGGUUGUGCUGGCCCGAGUUCUGCUGGCUUCGGUUCCGAGUGUGUGGCGAUGGCGGCUCUUCACCCCGGAGACCCACAGCUGGUGUCGAUGAUCGUCAGUCACCUGAAGACGGAGGGCCUGUUCGACCAGUUCCGCAGAGACUGCCUGGCGGACGUGGACACAAAGCCGGCGUAUCUGCACUUGCGACAGCGAGUCGAUAACUUCGUGUCCAAUCAUCUGGCCAAUCACACCUGGAGUCCACAGCUCAACAAGAACCAGCUGAGGAACAGCAUCAGACAACUGGUCCUGCAGUCUGGUAUGCUGGAGCAGGGAGUGGACCGGAUCGUGGCUCAGGUCGUGGAUCCGAAGGUCCAUCACACGUUUCGUCCGCAGGUCGAGCGAAUCGUCCGGAGGUUUCUGUCUCCCAACAGCCACGUGGAGGAGGACGAAUUUCCUGCUGUAGCUCCGCCCCUUCCUGUGGAGAACCCGGAACCGCUGACCGCAGAUGAGGGAACUGAUGCGGCUGCGAGUUUCAGCGCUGAUGAUCAGAUCCAGACCAGCGUUUCAGACCCGACCCACGAUCCCUCAGAGAACGAGAUGAUGGACAUCAGCCUCCCUGAGGAAGAGGAGGAGGAGAGCGAGGAGAUGAAGGAGGAGAAGGAGGAGGAGUCUGGGAGAGAUGGAGGAGAAGCAGAAGAACAGGAGGAGGACAGUAAAUCCUCCGGGAAGCUGAGAGAGGAGAGCCAGGAGCCGGAGCCGCUGAAACCCUGCAGUGUGAGACAGAAGACGAGAGAGCGGCUGAGAGAAGAGUACUCGCUGGAGGACUCAGAUCUGGAGGGUCUCAGUGACAUCAGCGUGAGUUCGGUUCACACCAGCGACCUGUCCUCGUUCAUCGACAGCGAAGAAGACGAGCCUCUGUGCGAGUCCACUGAGGAGGGAGAGAUCAGCUCUGAGGACGAGGCAGGGCAGAAGACGGGUGAGGACUCGGAGGGCAGCAGGGAGAAGAAGCCGCGCGGUGUGAGACAGGGAUACGUACACAAGCCGUUCCUGUACUCGCGGUAUUACAGCGACUCGGACGACGAGGUGACGGUGGAGCAGCGCCGGCGCUCUGUGGCCAAAGAAAAAGAGGAGCGUCUCCUGAAGCGACAGCAGAACCGAGAGCGGAUGGAGGAGAAGCGCAGACUGAGAGCAGCGCAGAACGAGGAACAGGACCGUAAGAGACUGGCGGAUCAGAGACCGCGAGCCAAAGAGGCUCGGAAGGAGAAGAAGGUCCUGGAGAAGAAAGUGGCUCUGAGCAUCCAGAGGAAGAGGGACUCCAGAAAAGAGGACGACAGGAAGAAAAGUGACACUGAGGGGGAUUCAGUCAACAAAGAUGUGAAGUCGGUGAGUCUGAAGUCAGUGCGACGACUGUCCGAUCUGGAAGAGCAGCGCAAGAAGAAAGCAGACGGCGAGGAGAAACUGCCUGAGAAGAACCGCGUUCACUCCUUCAUCUUGGAUCUGGAGCUGGGAACCGAGGAACGCCAGAGGACGGCUGGGAAAACGGUUCGGAAAGAAAAGGAGCGCAAGGAUAAAGAGAAGGAAAAAGAGCGCCCUGAUGAACGACUCAAGCACAAACUCCGAAAGACCGGAGACGGAGACGAGAAAGAUGGAGGAACCGCGAGAGGAGCAGCUGAUGAGAAGAAGGGGUCAAAGGUCAAGCCGGACCGGAAGAGUUCUGUCUCAUCCCGAGAGGUCAAGACGCUUGUGGCGGAAGCUGCGGAUGAAGAGAACCUGAAGAAAGGAAAGAGCGAGAAGGAGAAAGCCAAGGUGAGCGGCAAGAGUCUCCGGCGUCUGGACUCCACCGGCUCCUCAGAGGAGAGGUCAGAGGUCGAGGCGGGGUCAGAGGUCAGCCGGAAGAAAGACAAGCACCCUAAAGAGGUCCUGAAGAGGUCAAAGAGUCAUCCGGAGGGUAAACUGGGAGAGAAGCUCAAGGUGAGGUCUGAGAGGAAGGAUUCGUCGUCGGACAAGAAUCAUUCGCAGAAAUCAAUCUCGGAAAACGAGAGCGACGUCCGAAAGGUGGAGGCGGGGUCAAAGGUCAGAUCCUUAUCGGAGAAACACAGGACUAAAUCCCAGAGUAGUGCAGGAAAAUCGGAUAAAAAACCCGAAGCCAAGACUAAAAUAGGAAAAGAGGAAAGGAAAACCUCAGAGGAGAAAGCGAAGUUAGCGAAGAAAACAACCGAGAAGAAGUUGCCGAAGGAUCCCGAGAGGAUAUCGGGAGCGAAGGAGGAUUCGAGCGCUGGAGAUCCCGAAUCCGUGUCCAGCACCACAGUUCACCCGAACGACCCGUACGGUGCGCUGAGCGACGUCACUCCCGAAUCCGAGGACGAGGGCGUGUCCGUCGCAGAGCCCCGCCCCCUGAGCGCAGAGCCCCGCCCCCUGAGCGCAGAAGCCGACGCCCUCCUGAGCCUGAUGGACGUGUGCUCCUCCGCCUCGGAGCGCCGGGAGACCGAAGCGGAUCUGAAGAUGAAGGAGGCGGCGCUGACGCUGCUCUCCAUGGACCCCGAUCUCGCGCGCUCCUCGAAUCUCGUCUCAGAGUCUCCGGGCGACGGGAAAACACUCCCUACGGGCGCUGGAAGUGUGUCGUGUUACGCUGUGAACGAGUCCCAGGAUGCAGCUGCAUCUGUGGAGCCCAUGGAGACGGAGCCUCUGCAGGAAGUGACAUCAGAGGUGGGGGAUGAGCAGACAGAUGAAAGGGACAAAGAGAGAGACUCACAGAUACUUACAGCAGACGCAGCUGAGCCAACGCAGACGCUCACUGCAGAUGUUAAUGAGUCCACGCAGACGCUCACUGUAGACGCAGCUGAGCCAACACAGACCCUCACUGAAGUUGCAGCUGAGCCAACACAAACCCUCACUGCAGAAGCAGCUGAGCCAACGCAGACCCUCACUGCAGACGCAGCUGAGCCAACACAGACCCUCACUGAAGUCGCAGCUGAGCCAACGCAGACCCUCACUGCAGACGCAGCUGAGCCAACGCAGACCCUCACUGCAGACGCAGCUGAGCCAAAGCAGACCCUCACUGCAGACGCAGCUGAGCCAACGCAGACCCUCACUGCAGACGCAGCUGAGCCAACGCAGACCCUCACUGAAGUCGCAGCUGAGCCAACGCAGACCCUCACUGCAGACGCAGCUGAGCCAACGCAGACCCUCACUGCAGACGCAGCUGAGCCAACGCAGACCCUCACUGAAGUCGCAGCUCAGCCAACGCAGACCCUCACUGCAGACGCAGCUGAGCCAACGCAGACCCUCACUGCAGACGCAGCUGAGCCAACGCAGACCCUCACUGCAGACGCAGCUGAGCCAACGCAGACCCUCACUGCAGACGCAGCUGAGCCAACGCAGACCCUCACUGCAGACGCAGCUGAGCCAACGCAGACCCUCACUGCAGAUGCAGCUGAGCCAAAGCAGACCCUCACUGAAGUCGCAGCUGAGCCAACGCAGACGCUCACUGAAGUCGCAGCUGAGCCAACGCAGACCCUCACUGAAGUCGCAGCUGAGCCAACGCAGACCCUCACUGCAGAUGCAGCUGAGCCAAAGCAGACCCUCACUGAAGUCGCAGCUGAGCCAACGCAGACGCUCACUGCAGACGCAGCUGAGCCAACGCAGACGCUCACUGCAGACGCAGCUGAGCCAACGCAGACCCUCACUGCAGACGCAGCUGAGCCAAUGCAGACCCUCACUGCAGACGCAGCUGAACCAAUACAGACGGAUGAUAUUAAGCCGAUGACUGUCACUGCAAAUGCAGCUAAGCAGACACAGACCGUCACUGCAGAUGCAGCCUUAUGA